AUGAUAAAGUUUAUUGCCUACCCAGGCGGUUUAAAACGACUAACCUCUCUUGCCUCGAGGGGAAAAGGAAUUCGUGCCUUUAGUUUCAGUGCUUCAAGAAAUCAACAAGUAGAAGUGUUUGUGGACGGAAAUCCGAUAAAGAUUGAACAAGGAAGCGCAGUUAUUCAAGCAUGUGAAAAAGCUGGUUAUACGAUACCUCGUUUUUGUUAUCAUGAGCGAUUAUCUGUUGCUGGCAAUUGUCGAAUGUGUCUUGUUGAGUUAGAGAAGUCACCAAAACCUAUUGCUUCAUGUGCAAUGCCUGUUAUGCCUGGGAUGAAAAUCAAAACCGAUACUCCACUUGUAAAAAAGGCUCGUGAAGGUGUUAUGGAAUUCCUCUUGGCAAAUCAUCCAUUAGACUGUCCAAUCUGCGAUCAAGGUGGUGAAUGUGAUUUACAAGAUCAAUCUGUAAGAUAUGGUAGUGACCGGGGUAGAUUUCAUGAAAUAAUUGGAAAACGUGCAGUAGAAGACAAAAAUUUUGGACCCUUGAUAAAGACAUCAAUGAAUAGGUGUAUUCAUUGUACCCGUUGCGUACGGUUUGCCAAUGAAGUCGCAGGUGUUCAAGAAUUAGGCUCAACUGGCAGAGGCAGUGAUAUGCAAAUAAGCACGUAUAUUGAACGUACAUUAGAUUCCGAAAUGUCAGGCAAUGUCAUUGAUUUAUGUCCUGUUGGUGCUUUGACUGCCAAACCCUAUGCAUUUUCAUAUCGUUCUUGGGAACUGAAACCUACCGAAACAAUUGAUGUCCUAGAUGCUAUCGGUAGCAACAUCAGAGUCGAUUCCCGUGGAGUCGAAGUCAUGCGUGUUCUUCCUAGAAUAAACGAUGAUGUAAAUGAAGAAUGGAUUUCCGAUAAAACAAGAUUUGCAUUUGAUGGACUUAGAAGACAGCGACUUACCACUCCAUUAGUUCGUCAAGGUGAUAAAUUCGUUCCUAUAUCAUGGGAAGAAGCAUUGACGCGUGUGGCAAAAAAAAUUCGCAAUGUUAAAGGAUCCGAGGCUAAAGCGAUUGCAGGACAACUUGUGGAUGUGGAAAGUUUGGUCGUUCUUAAAGAUUUAUUCAACAGUUUUGGUAGUGAUAACUUCGCUAUCGACAGUUCUAAUGGUUCAAAGAUACCUGCUCAUGGAAUUGAUUUUAGAUCUAAUUACUUAUUGAACAGCAAAAUUGCUGGUGUUGAGAAAGCCGAUGUGCUUUUAUUAGUCGGUACAAAUCCACGUCAUGAAGGUCCAAUUCUUAAUACUAGGAUCCUAAAAUGUUAUCUCAAUAAUACUUUAGAUGUUGGACUUAUAGGUCACCCUGCUAAUACAUCUUAUGAAUAUGAUCAUAUUGGUACAACAAGUAAAGCGCUUGACAGUGUAUUAAAUGAUGUGCAUCCAUUCGCUAAAAGGAUCUCGGAAGCCCAAAGGCCGAUGAUUAUAGUUGGUAGUGGUGUUUUAGACAAUCCUGACGAAGCAUACAUAUUCUCUACAAUAGCUAAAAUAGUAAACAAAUACAAACCAAAAUUUUUCCAAGAUGGGUGGAACGGAUAUAACGUACUUCAAAGGGCUGUAGGUCAUCCUGCUGCUUAUGAUAUUGGAUUUAUACCUUCACAUGCAUCAACCGAAACAACACCGAAAUUCAUCUACUUGUUAGGAGCUGAUGAGAUUAGGUCUCAAGAUAUUCCCAAAGAUGCAUUUGUAGUAUAUCAAGGACAUCAUGGUGAUGUAGGAGCUCAAUACGCCGAUAUAAUUCUCCCUGGGGCAGCUUAUACAGAAAAGAAUGCUACAUAUUUAAACACUGAAGGCCGUGUACAGCUCACUCGAGCUGCGGUGCCUCCACCGGCUGCUUCGCGUGAAGAUUGGAAGAUCAUCCGUGCUUUAUCAGAAGUUGCCGGACUCACCUUACCUUACGAUGACCUCCUUUCUAUCCGCGAUCGCAUGAAUGAUAUAGCACCACAUCUCACCCGCUAUGAUGUAAUUGAGGACGCUAGUAAUUCUCAAUUGGGUAUUGAGCAUCUCUCAAAAUUAGCAACAAAUUCGAAUGAUGCUAAAUUAAACCCUAUAAUUCAAGAUUUUUAUAUGACGGACAGCAUUUCUCGGGCAAGUCAAACAAUGGCCAAGUGUUCUACUGCCUUCACAAGAAAGAAGCAUGAGUCUCAAUUACAAGCAUAA